AUGGACCCUGAGGAGGAGGAGCUUUCUAAUUCUACGGCCAAGAUAACUGAUGAUCUAGUAGUGGAAAUACUGUCCCGGUUGCCAUUCAAAUCCUUUUGCCGUUUUAAAUGCGUAUGCAAAUCCUGGCUCGCUUUCUCGUCCGAUCCUCACUACUCCCAGAAGCUGCCCAAAGUUCCAACUGGUUUUUUCUACCAAUAUCGUGACAACUCUGCUGUCCAGUUUGUCAGUCUGUCCAAAAAUGAUGAAGGCAUUGAUGGAACUCUUAGUUUCUUGCCACAUUGUGAACAACUGAAGUUUAUUGACUGUUGCAAUGGCCUAGUCCUUUGUGAGUACAGGAGCAGCCAUACUUCUCCCGACAUUUUCCGCUUCAUUGUGUGUAACCCGGCAACACGAGAGUGGAGAAUACUUCCUGAUACUCAGCGAAAGUCAGACAACUUCUGUUAUAAAACAAUGUUGUGCUUCGAUCCAUCACGGUCACUGCACUUUUGUGUCUUCCACUUUCAUGAGGAGCGUGGCCCUACCAAUCCUAAGCUUGCUGGUACCAGGAAAGUUGAGAUGUUUUCGUCUCGCAACUCCAUGUGGCUUGUAUAUUCUGAUUUGUGGGAUCCUGAGUAUUUUGGCGUCACGGUUUAUUGCAGACCGCACCUGUUCCUUGAUGGAUUCUUGUGUGCCCAUUCAGAUCGUGAUGUUUUGGUGUUAGAGGAACUGAAGGCAGAGAACAUCGAUGUACUACCCUCUAAUUGGACAACUGAGUUGCCACUCCACAGAGAUGACUGUUCUGUGUAUGAUUGCACUUGCACUUGCACGAGAGGCUGCCUUGGUCAAUCUUCGGGAUUCUUACACUAUGCAAUGUCUGAGGAGGAUGGCUGCACAGUUCUCAUAUGGAGUUAUGCUACUGGUAAUCCUAAUGGAUGGACUGUUGAGCAUAGUCUUAGUAUGAGAGAUGCAUUUGGAAGGGAUGACUUUGUUCACUAUGAGCAUGGUUUGACAUGGACUUGUGAUUAUGAAAUUGUCGCUUUUGACCUGGAAAGGGAUGUUCUUUUCCUCAUUGAUGAAAAGACAAACAAGCUUCUUUCGUAUGGUAUCAGCACUGGGAAGCUUAAUGAGAUUAAGGAUAGCUCUCACUGGUAUGUGUACUACGUUGCCUGCUACUCAAAGAUUCCAGACCUAACCUUACGAAAGACAUGA